AUGGUUCUUAUUCAUCCGAGUAUCAUCAGCAGCGUCGCGACGCGGUUAGGGAGGAAAUGGGAGGACGAGGAGGGGCGGACGAUGUACGAGAAGGGAGAAGACUGCCUCGGCUCCCUGCGCGAUCUGCAGCGGCUGAUGCGGCGGGACCACCCCGUGUCGCGCGACGUGCUGGUGCAGCUGGGUCGGUGGGACAUCGUUCGCACGGACCUCGUUCCCAUCAUCUGCCGAUACCGCCGCGACUCCUUUCUGCUCCUCAACGCCGUCAAGCUGCUGGUGUUUCUUACGAUGCCAUCGCCACCACCACCGCCUGAUCUGGACGCGGCGGGGCGGCAGCAGCAGCAGAAGCUGAGGCUGGAGCACCACCACUGGCAGAGGCUGUUAACUCCUUACAACCCUCUGUGCCCCCCUCAACCCCCCCCAACAGUCAAGCUGCUGGUGUUCCUUACGAUGCCAUCGCCGCCACCACCGCCUGAUUUGGACGCGGCGGGGCGGCAGCAACAGCAGAAGCUGCGGCUUGAGCACCAGAACUGCCAGAGGCGCUUUAAGAGCGCGCUGCUGCACGGAACUGGUGCUGUAACGAAUGGGAUUAUACCGAGAAAUGGCGGCGCUGCUGGUGCUGUAACGAAAGGGAUUACACCGAGAAAUGGCGGCGCUGCUGGUGCUGGUGGUGGAGGUGGUGGUGGGAGUGGCUAUGUGGGGAAUGGGGAGAGCGAUGCGAUCGCGAUUGUGCUUCAGUUGCUCGUCGACCCGCUUAAGAAUAUCCAAAGUGGGCGUGGCAGCAGCGACGACUGGCGGCUGGUACAGAUGAUAGUCACUCUGGUUCGGAACCUCCUUGCCAUCCCCGACCCUCCGCCGGACGUAUCCUCAGCCUCGGCAUGGGCGCACCUGUGCUUCCUUCAGGACGAUCUCAUUCGUUCUCUCUUCCGCAGCGGCUUCCCAGACAUCCUUCUUUUCCUCAUCUCCUGCCUCGAUGCCCCCGAAACCGCCCCAGCGCUUCGCCACGACAACCUCUUAUUCCUCGAGAUACUUAAUCUCCUCUUCCGCGAAUUACCUCCUAAGGACGCCGCUGUAGCGGCGUUUCGGGCUGCCAGGGAGGCCGAUGCCGAGGCUGACGCGCGGGAGGACCGGGAGGCUGCCGAACGUCUGGCGGAGGCUCGGCGGCGGGAGAAGGAGCGGGCGGCUCGGAAGGCGCUGGCCCAAAAGAUCACGCAGCGGCACUCCCGGUUCGGCGGGCUCUAUGUGGUUCGGAACGCGGACAAGUCAAGAACCGUCUCUAGCACGCCUUUCUCUCCACCCGUGCACCAUGCCAUCUUCAGCCAAGUCAGGAGGGGACCCGUGCGGCGAGUCAUGGGGGGCACGGGCAUGGGGGGAAUGGGCAUGGGCAUGGGCAUGGGCAUGGGCAUGGGCAUGGGUAUGGAUGGUGGGUUGAACGGCGAUGGGGGUGAUGGCAACGGUGGUGAUGCGAGGAAACCAGAUGCUGACGUGGAUGCUGCCCUGGGAUUGGUCGGUGGAGCGCGGGCCAAUAGGAGGAGCUCCAGGUGGACGGCGAGGCGCCUCGGUGUGUUUGCCGACCGGCUGCUGGCCUCAGGAUGUUACAAUGCCCUCAUGGAGACGGUGCGUCGCGACGUGGCUGCCUGGAGGGCAGGGCUAGAGCCCUCUGACACCCUCGCCUUCUUCCUCGUGGCCUCCUUCUUCACUGCUUUCCAACGGGAGAUGCAUGGCCUGCGGGGCUGGGGGGGAGCGGGAGCAGCUGCAGGCACAGGGGAGGGGGGGAAAGGGGGCGCUGCAGGGGGAGUGUCAGGGGGAGCAGGAGAGGAAGCAGGAGCAAAGGAGACGGAAGCGGGGGAACGAGGGGGAGAAGGGGGAGAACCAGGAGAAGAAAAGGAAAAACAGGAAGAAGGAGCAGAGGAAGCUUCUCGGAAGGUGGAGCAGAGGGCGGUGUGUGGGUGUGGGCCAAUAGCAGCCACAAUGGAUGAUGACAUGUUCAAUCUUGUUUCUGCCCGCUGGGCAGAGUAUGCUGCCAGGGCCAAUCACGAGCGGGUAGCGCUGGUGGCGGCGGGCAGCCUACUGAAAGAAAUGAUUCACAUGCUCGAUGCCAUAAUCAAAUCCGGGGAGAAUCCCAACCCCACAGCACCAGGCUCGGCCGAGCCUCACCACGAGGUUCGGCAGGAGGUCCGGUGGGAGGUUCGGCGGGAGGUUCGGCUGGCGCGGGCCAUGCUGCUCCGUCUGUUCUACGACGAUUCGAGCGAUGGAGUGGUGCAUGUGCUGCAGCGGGUGUUGAAGGGGUUCAACCCGCACACUCAGCCGCGCUGCUUGCUGGUUGAUGCAGUCGAAACCACCCACGUGUGCCUGAGGCUCUUAGAGUAUCUGGUUCAAACGGAGGGAGCACUCAAGGUUGUGAGGAAGAGUCGACAGCGAAAGGACAAGGCACAGAAGGCGAAGGGGAAGAGUGCGGACACAGGCAAGGAAGGGGAUAAGGAGGGGGAGCAGGAGAACGUGCAGGAGGGAGAGAAGGAGGGAGAGCAGGAGGGAGUGCAGGACACAGCUCAAAUUCAGGAGGUUGAAAAUGCUUCUGCUGCAGAGAAUGAGAGUGCUUAUGGUGGUGGCAAUGGUGGUGGUGCUAACGAUGCUACAGCAGCUGAUGCUGGUGCUAGUGGUGUUGGUGAUGCUGAUGGUGCUGAUGCUGGUGGUGAUGGUGCUGCUGUUGACGUUGCUGCUGAUGGUGGUAGUGAUAAGAAUGCCACACCUGAUGCUGCAGGAAAAGGGGGGGAAGGGGGACGUGAAUCGGGAGAAAAGGAAGGGCAGGAAGGGGGGACAGAACAGGCGGAAGGUGGUGGUGCUGAUGCUGCUGCUGCAGUUGCUGAUGCUGCUGCUGCUGCUGCUGCUGGCGCUGCAGUUGCUGAUGAAGAUGCUGAUGCUGAAGAUGGAGACGCAGCAGCAGACGGAGAAGGCCCAGAAGAUUCCGACCCAGGCUCGGACCUAGCCUCCGAUGCAGGCUCGGACAUAGGCUCGGACGCCGAGCCUGGGGACGGCAUAGAGGAAGCAGAGGAGGAGGGUCGGCGCAGGAGGGAGGAGGUUCGGGAGUAUGAGCUAGACGUGAAGCGCACUAUAAGGGGGUUUGCUGACGUGCACGCGGUUAAGAACUGCGUGUGGCUGCUGGAAACGGCCAAUAGCAACGCGCCACGUGUCAACCACUAUGUGCUGUCGCUGCUCAGGAGGUUCACUGUGGGGUGCGAUGCUGAGGCCAUGCUGUUCCAGGUAUCAACCCUACACACCUUUUACAAGCUUCUCACAAACCCAGACCUGCGCUCCUCCCCCCUGCACGCACCCCUCCUCUCCUUCCUCUCCGCCACUGUCCGUCACCUCUCCGCCCUCCUCCCCCUCCGCCCCUCCCUCUUCCUCCGCCUCCUCUUCCACAAAUCCCGGAAGGAGAGCAUGGUUCUCGCUGCUGACGUGGCACUGGGGGAGCUUAGGUCGGGGGGGUGGGUGGGCGGGAGAGCGGGAGGCGGGGAUGGGGAAGAGGGAUGGGAGGCGGCGAGUGGGGGGAAAGGGAGGCGGAGAGGGGGUGGGGGAGGAGGAAAGGCGGGAGAAAGGGGCGGGAGGGAGAAUGUAAGGAGUGGGGGGUUGAGAGAUGCGUUGGGGGAUGAUGAAGCAGAUGUGGAGUUGCCUCGAGGCAUGUGGUGGGCUGCUGAUGUUGCUGAUGCUGCUGCUGCUGCCGCUGGCAAGAAGAGCCACCAGUCGAGGCGGGAGCCACAAGUCAAGGCGGGAGGUACCAUCACUGAUAGCAAAGGCUCUGAUUGCAGAAGAUCCCAUCCUGCUUCCUACCACUGGCCUUCCUCCCCUCAUUUUCUCCCUCUCCCACAUCCCUCUCCCCCCCCCAUCAGCCACAAGUCAAGGCGGGAGGUUCCAUCACUGAUAGCAAAGGCCCUAAUUGCACACGACCCCAGCCUGCUUCAUUCCAGCCGCCGUAGAAAACCAGGGGAGAAAGGGGAAGCAAGGGAAGGCGGGGAUGAAGAGGAAGAGGAGGAAGGGGAGGAAAGGGAGGAAAGGGAGGAAGGGGGGGAAGUUGGAGAGAAGGAGGGUGGGGUCGGGGAAAAGGAGGGUGUUUCUCGAAAAGCGGACCCUAUAAAGGCACUUGCGGGGAAGGUUAGCCGGUUUUUGAGGUCGCAGGGGCUGAAGAGAAGCAAGGCGGCAGCAGAAGGUGCUGCUGCUGGUGGUGGUGGUGCCAGUGGUGAUGGUGAUGGUAGUGAUGGUGGUGGCGACGGUGGUGGUAUGGCAGGUGAUAGGAAGUCAGGUGGUGGGAAAGCAAAGGCUGGAAAAGACAAGUCUGGGAAGGCAAUGCGUGGCAGAACACGGCUGAAUGCAGGGAAGAAGGGAAGGAGGAGGCAGCUUGUAUUUGAUAGUGACUCUGAGGAGGAAGAUGGUGGUGGGGAGGCGAGUGAGGGAGAGAGUGAGGGAGAGAGUGAGGGAGGGAGUGAGGUGGAGGAAGAGAUUGGGUUGGAGGAGAUGGAAGGAGGAGAGGGGGGUUUGGGGGUUGGGGAGAAGGGCGAAAGGAAGGACGGAGAAAGGAAGGAAGGAGGUGCAGAGGGAGAGGGAGGUGUGGAAAUCGGUGGGGAAAGAGAGGAGCUUAGGGGAGAAGAGGGGGGGAAAGGCGUGGGGUUGAAAACGGGUUUGAAGGCAAAAGGGGCAAGGAACACGGGGAGGCGCGGCAGUCUCCCCUUCACAGAUGAGGAUGAUGCAAUGAUCAGGAGUCUAUACAGCGAUGCUACAGGGGUUCAGGUGGGGAAUAGCAGCAGCAGGAGAAGUAAGGGCAGGGGAGGCACAUCGGCAGUUGCGAAAGAGGUUGCUAAGGCCAUGGGAGGGAAGUUUUCAGUUGCCCGUGUGGCGCAACGGAUUCAGUUUCUUGGGCUGCCCGAGGAUGGAAUGGGCAGGAAGAGGAGUGAGAGGAGGAGACGUGGGAGCGGGAAUGGGUUUGAUGAGAUUUUGAGGGAUGUGGGUGAGGGAGAGGAGGGAGAGGAGGAAGAGGAGGAAGAGCAGGGAAGGAAGGGAGAGGAGGUUGAGGGAGAGGAGAGAGUGGAGAGAGAGGAGGGAAAGAAGGUUGAGGAAGGAGAGACAGAGGACGAGGAGGGUGAGGAGGAGGGGGAGGGGGAGGAUGAAAGAGAGGAGGCGGAGAGUAGUGAGGAUGAGGAUAAUGUGCUGCUGAGCAAGAGUCUGAAGGCACUGAUUGGUUCUGCUUCUGCUGCUGCUGCUGCCGCUGCCCCUGCUAGAGGAAGGCGAGGGCGAAGGGCUGUUGAGAGCUCUCAAGAGGAGGCGGUGAGCAGUGAGGACGAGGAAAAUGUGCUGCUGAGCAAGAGACAGAGGGCACUGGCUGCCGCUGCUAAAGUGAGGCGAGGGCAAAGGAGUGACAGGAGGCAGAGGGGAGGAGGAGCAGUAAGAGGAGGAGACAUGCAUAGCGAGCAGGAGGCGACAGGCAGUGUUGCUGCUGGUGGGGAAGGUGCAAUGGAUGAAGAGAGAGACAACAGGGCAAUUGUUGUUGCAAACAACACUGCUAGUGGUGCUGCUGCAGGAGGGGAAAGUGCUAUUAUCGAAAGUGCUGCAAUCGGAAGUGGUGCUACGGGAGUGGAAGGCGGGGUGGAGUUGAAGGAGGAAGCAGUGCGGGAGGGCGUUCAGGCAGUGCUCGCUGAUGAUUCCUUUGAUGGAGCGGAGGCGAUCCAAUGGCUGCAAUCGCGCCUGAAAGCAGCCCACGCCAGCUGGACGGACGCGAUCGCUCGAAACAGCUGGCAGCUGCUGCUGAUGGACGGCCCAGAUUGGUCCGGCACGAAGGGGAAGAAAAAAGGAGGGAGGGGGAAGGAGAAGGGGAAGAAGGGGAAGAGAAGAAGAGGGCAGGAGGAGGAGGAAGAGGAGGAGGAAGAGGAGGGAGGAGAGGUGGAAGGGGAUGGGGGGUGGGGGGAAGUUGUGCAUGUAGACUCUCCGUUGGUGGAGGAACUGGAAGAUUGGGACACGGUGGCGAAUGACAGCAUGGCCCAGUUGCUCUCAGGUGUGCUCCCAGUGGCUGCUGCAUGCUGUGAGCAUGCUCGCAUCACUCCCUCUCCUUCCCUCUCUCUCCCUCUUCCCUUCCACGUCUUCCAAACAGCGCUCUGCUUGAAGCAUCCUGACGAGGCUGACGGCUGCUGGAGAGUCCCUGGGGACCGGGGCACGCAGUGGCUGCUGCAUGCUGUGAGCAUGCUUGCACGGAUGAUGGCAGGGGGAAGCUCGUGCGUGGAUACUGGUGGGAGGCUGGAGCUGGUUGUAGUAGAGGCGAGAGGGGGAGAGAGAGAGGGAGAGGAGGAGAGACAGGGAGGAGGAGAGAGAGAGGGAGGAGGGGAGGGGAGAGAUGGAGGAGCGGAGGGGAGAGGAGGGGAUCGGAGAGAGGGAGGGGAGGACAAAGAGGGAGGAGAGGAAGAGAGAGAAGGAGGGGUGGUUAUUAGGGCAUGUUUGGGCCCCAGGCACAAGAAGCGGAGAGUGGCAGGAGAGACAGGCGAGGUACUGCAACAAUCGAGUUCAAUUGCCGAUGUUGGUUGUGAAGGAGAGGGGGGUGAGUAUGGAGGGGAGAAAGAGAGAGGGGAGGGGAGGGUGGGGGAUGAGGAAGACAGCGGGUAUGAGGGAGAGGGGAUUACUCUGUCAGCGCGAGUGAAAGAGUCAGGAGGGGAUGUGGGUGGGAGGUUCGAAGGGAGCCUGCCAAUAGAAGAGGGGGACGAGGUGGGGAGGGGAAAAGUGAAUCAGCAAUUCGUGGGGGAGCAGAGGGAAGGGCGUGAAGGAAACGGUAGCAGGGAUGAUCGGGAGGGAGAGAUUGAAGGAGAAGGGAUUGAUGGACCUAGUAGUGAUGAUCGAAGCACAGAAAGGCUUGAAGAGGAUAGGCGAAGAGAGACCCAUGCUGGUGUUUCCAGUGGGGAGACAGCUCCAUUGAUGCUGGGAGUGUUUGGCGCCAGAUCCAAACGGCUGGUUCCCGUGGCUGAUGGAGGCUUGGACCGAGCCAAGCGGCUGAGGUUUGAUGGUUCGGAGGAAGCUCGGGAUUCUGGAGGAACGCUCGACUCCGCAGCAGUACAUGUUGAGGGUUGA